AUGCAAACCACCUUUGUGAAACAUGUGCAAACUCGUCUAAUUGAAAAUCCUGUUCAAUUUCCAAACAUUCAUGCUCUUCUAGGUAACGAUGGUGGGCUUUCACAACCCUGCCUCGAUUAUCUGGCCUGGAAUCGUUGUUUGAUUUCUGCCAAGUUGGCGCAGCAAUCGCUGCAAAAUCUGGCUCAAAUCCUUCAAGUUAUGGCAUUAGUGAAGGAUGAAAAUCCAAAAUCAACCGAUGUUCUCCAAGCCUCGUUGCGCGUCAUCGACGGCGACAUUGUACAAGCUAUCCAGGCUUUGAAAGAGACCAGCGCAGGCCCACAGCCGAAUCUCGAAAACCAACUUCACAACCUGGUUCUAGGACUGGAACAUUACAAGCAAGUUCAUGAUCAUUGGGAUUCUACUAAUGUGGAGUAUCCUUUCAACCGUGGGGAGCGUCAAGUACGAGAUGCUUUCGCUACUCUGUUCCCGGAAUCCACAUCACAGACUGCACUGAGAUGUCGGGCCAAGACGUUAAUGUCAUUGAACAUAAUUACCAAACCAGAUUUCGAGACAUUCGAUUUGGGGCCAUAUCAAUUCCCCAGGCUCUUCAAUGGUCUAUGGCAAUUGUCUUCCCCAGCAUGGGGUAGCGGUACUGCCAAGAGGCAGGAAGAAGAAUUGAUACGCGCCGUUCAGGCGGGAUUCACCGCCGCAGAUAUGGCUGAUCAUUACGGUGACGCAGAGUUGGUGUACGGGUCUUUCAGAAACAGACUGUCUCCCAGUGUUAGGUCGCAGGUUCUUGCAGCCACAAAGUGGUGUAUAUUUAAGCCCCCGACGAAGCCUAUAACGCCAGAUUUUGUACUUGAAAAGGUCAAGGAGAGAUAUCGACGUCUUGGUGGCAGAAUUGAGCUGCUUCAAUUUCAUUGGCAUGACUACUCCUCGAAAGAAUACCUCAACAUACUAGUCGAGUUGGUUCGCUUAACUGCAAUUCAUCCAAACCUGGUGUCAACAAUUGGUCUCUGUAAUUUCGAUUCAGAGCAUACCAUUGAGGCCUGCGAGUAUUUGAUAGCCAAGACCGGUUCUGUCGGAAUUGUCUCCAACCAAGUUCAGUUUUCGUUGCUUGAUUCUCGCCCACUUCACCUCAUGGUCAACGUAUGUGCCAAAUAUGACCUGAAGCUAUUGACCUAUGGCUCCUUCUGCGGCGGCUUUUUAUCCAGUCAAUGGCUUGGCAAACCUGCACCUGAUAUCUACGACGAGUCGGCACACUUGACGCCAUCGCAGAGGAAGUACCACGAUAUAAUGAUGAAUUGGGGGACAUGGCAAGAUUUUCAAGAUCUGCUUACUGUCCUCUCAACAGUUGGGCAAGAGCACAAUGUCAGUCUCGCGAACGUAGCAACACGCUGGGUUCUUCAGCAACCAUCCGUCGGUGCAGUUAUCGUCGGGACUCGACUGGGUGUGUCAAGUCACGUUGACGAUAAUUUGACAACAUUUACAUUUGAACUUGAUGAGUGGGAUCUAGACAGAAUCAAUGUUGUGGCACUAGGGUCUAAUCGAUGCAAAACAAGGCGCCUGUUGAGCAGCCUAGGAGAUUGUGGGGCAGAGUACCGCAGCGGCCAGUAA